AUGGACCCACAACAGUCAAACAAGUCCCAUAGGGGCGCUGCCAAGAAGGAUGGUCAUAAGAAGAAGCUUCAUACUCAGGGCUAUAAUGCAAAGGCAUUUGCCGUUUCCGCUCCUGGGAAGCUACAGAAGAUGGCCAUGAGAAGCAGUGAAAUGAAUGAGAAAAGGCUUCAUGUUCCAAUGGUGAAUAGGACCCCGGAUGACGAUCCUCCUCCGGUGAUUAUUGCCGUUGUAGGACCUCCAGGAACCGGAAAGUCCACUUUAAUUCGUUCCCUGGUCAAACGGUUGUCAAAGACCACGAUGACUGAUAUAACAGGACCUGUAACCUUGGUCAGUGGAAAACGAAGAAGAGUGACAUUUAUCGAGAUUUCCAAUGAUAUGAACUCAAUGAUUGAUAUUGCAAAGGUGGCAGAUUUGGUCUUGUUGAUGGUCGAUGGUAAUUUUGGUUUGGAAAUGGAAACUAUGGAGUUUCUGAACAUCGCCCAACAUCAUGGUAUGCCCAGGGUUAUAGGAAUCGCCACCCAUUUAGAUUUAUUCAAAUCACAAUCUACUCUUAGAACCUCCAAGAAAAAGCUGAAGCACCGUUUCUGGUCAGAAGUCUACCCGGGUGCUAAAUUGUUCUACCUCAGUGGUGUGUUGAAUGGUAGAUAUCCAGACAGGGAAACGUUGAACCUUACCAGAUUUAUCUCAGUUAUGAAGUUUAGGCCCCUCAAGUGGCGAAAUGAACAUCCAUAUUUAAUGGUUGAUCGAAUGAUUGACCUAACACAUCCAAGAGAAAUCGAGAAGAAUCGGAAAAUCGACAGAACUGUAGCAUUAUACGGAUACCUUCACGGUACGCCUCUUCAACCUACCAAUGCUAGGGUGCAUAUACCUGGAGCUGGUGAUUUUACAGUUGCUGCUGUGGAAAAGCUUCCAGAUCCUUGUCCAACCCCAUAUUACGAGCAGAAACUAGACGAGAUUGAGAGAGAAGCCGUUAAAGAGGCGGCUGCCAAUGGUGAAACUGUUCUCCCCAGAAGAAGAGGCAGAAAAAGACUAGAGGAUAAACAGAAAAUCAUUUAUGCUCCAAUGUCUGAUGUUCACGGUGUCUUGAUUGAUAGAGAUGCAGUCUAUAUAGACAUGGGAAACCAGGAGAGCUUUAAGAAAGGUGAAGAAUCUGGUUUAGGUGAACAAUUGGUUACCGAUCUUCAGUCUGUUGACAAGGAUUUCCAAGAUCAGUUGAACGGAGCUGCUGGAGUUCAACUGUUCAGCAGUUCCACCGCUUUGGAGAAAGUUGAAAAUAAGGAAAAUGAAGAAGAGGAUGAAGACGACAUCAGCGAGGACGAGGAGGAAUUCGACCCCAAAUCGAAAUCAAAUACAGGAAGAUCUCAACUAAGGAAGCCUAGAGUUUACAAGUCUGCCAAUAAUGAAGACGAGGGCUUGGAUCUGGACAACAUUGAUGAAGACGCAUAUGACCCGAAAGUUUAUGAUCAGGACAAUGAAAAUGGCACUUUUGAGUUUGAGUUUGACAAGAACUACCUGCAAGAUGAUGAAAAACCAGAGUUUGCAUCUGAUUCGGAGUUGGAAGAUAACGAAGACUGGCAAGGAAUGGCCUCUAAACUGACCGGUUCUGUACAGAGGAAAUGGGAUAUCAACAAGUUGAUUUACCUUAACAAUAUUGAUCCCGCAGAUGUCAUUGCUAGAUGGAAAUCAGAAGAGGCUGAACUGGAUAAUGAGGAUUCUUCCGAAGCAGAUAUCGAACAGGAGGAAGCGUUUUUCCAGAAGAAGGACGUUCAAGGUUCAUCUGAAGAUUUGGACACCUCUCAGUUGGAGUUUGCACCGCUUGACGAGCUGAAAUCCAAAUGGGUGAAACCUGACCCCCUGGACACCCUGAAAAAGAGAUUUUUCAAAAGUCCAAAACAGAAAAUUUCUGAAAAAAAUAAGAAUGGAGAUAUUGAUGAUGACGAGGAUGAAGCGUAUGGUGACUUUGAAGAUUUGGAGGCGGAAAACACGCAUAAUGAAGACGAAAAUGAAAGCAAAGAAGUCAAUGGCUCUGUAAAUGGUGAUGAUUUUGCUGAUUUUGAGGCUGAAGAAGAAAAAGAUGAAGAUGACGAGGAUUCCAGUCAAGAAGAGUCCGAAGUCGAAGGCACUGAAGAACUCACGUUGGAAGAGAAACGACAACUGAACGCUAAAAAGAAGGAAAAACUUCGUCAACAGUUUGAAGAUGAAGAGGGAGAAAACUUUUUAGAAGAAGGGCAAGAAGACCAUGAUACAUGGUAUGAAUUCCAGAAGGCUAAGAUGGCUAAGCAGUUAGAGAUCAACAAGUCUGAGCUUGAAGAGCUGGACGAGCAAACGAGAUUACACAUUGAAGGUUAUAGAGCCGGUUCAUACGUCAAGCUGACAUUUAAGAAUGUUCCUAUGGAAUUUGUCGAAAAUUUCAAUCCUAUUUAUCCUGUUAUUGUUGGAGGCCUGUUGCAAACAGAGGAGAAAUUUGGAUACCUUAACGUGAGAAUUAGAAGACACAGGUGGCAUAAGAAGAUCCUGAAAACAAACGAUCCUUUGGUCUUAUCUUUGGGUUGGAGGAGAUUUCAAACGUUACCUAUAUACACCACAACUGAUUCUAGAACAAGAACCAGAAUGUUGAAAUACACCCCAGAGCAUGCCUACUGCGGUGCCACGUUUUAUGGACCAUUAGUUGCUCCAAAUACCACAUUUUGUGGGGUUCAAGUUGUGAGCAACUCUGCUACUACAGGAAGCUUCAGAAUUGCCGCCACUGGUGUUGUUGAAGAUCUUAAUGCAGAUGUAGAAAUUGUUAAAAAGCUGAAAUUGGUCGGAUACCCUUACAAGGUUUUCAAAAACACAGCUUUUAUCAAAGAUAUGUUCAGUUCUGCGUUGGAAGUUGCAAAAUUUGAGGGUGCCUCCAUUAAGACAGUUUCAGGAAUCCGUGGUGAAAUCAAGCGUGCCUUGUCCAAGCCUGAUGGAUACUUCAGAGCAGCAUUUGAAGAUAAGAUUCAGAUGUCAGACAUUGUAUUUUUGCGAACAUGGUAUCCUGUUCAAGCCAAGAAGUUUUAUAACCCUGUAACAUCCUUGCUGUUGAAGGAUAAAACUGAAUGGAAGGGAAUGAGGCUGACCGGACAGGUAAGACAUGAAAACAACGUUCCUGUUCCAGCGUCCAAGAACAGUGCCUACAAGAAAAUUGAAAGAGAGGAAUUGGAAUUCAUGCCUGUUAAAAUUCCAAAAGCUCUUCAAGCUGAAUUGCCAUUUGCUGAUCAGAUUCCAGUUCCAAGACCCAAGAAGCAAGAUGACUUGGUCAACGUGACCAGGAAGCGAGCUGUUAUUCUAGAUGAUGAAGAAAAGAAGGCAGUAGCGUUGCUAGAAAAGAUAUCAACUUUGAAAAAGGCCAAGGAAGCCAAGAACGCAGAAAAGAAAAGGACAAAAUACGAAGAAAAGCUGAAGAAGCUGGCCAAGGAGGAAGAAAUCAAAUCUGACAAAGAUAAACAGCGUAAGAAGGAUUUCUUCUCUAAAGAAGGUAAGAAGAGAAGCUUAGGAGGUGAAUCCCAAUCAGGAGCACGGAACGGUGGAAAAAAGCGCAGAAAUUAA